UCACAUUGUUCAUAUUUUAAUGUACACUAGUCGUAACGAAGUUGAGUCCGUGGCCUGAAGAAAACGACAUGUCUACAAAGAAACUGGCGAAACAACUAGGGUUUGUGAGGAAACGCAGCCAGUCAUCAACUGGACAGAAGAAACCACUAACAUCGAAUCAAAUAUUCCCAUAUCUGAUUGUCAUUGACUUUGAAUCCACAUGCUGGAGAGAGAGGAACAGCUAUGGGCAGGAGAUUAUUGAGUUUCCUGCUGUUCUCCUGAACACCUCUACAGGCGAGGUGGAGUCAGAGUUCCAUACGUACGUUCAGCCGCAGGAGCACCCCACGCUGUCUGACUUCUGCACCGAGCUCACUGGAAUCACACAGCAACAGGUGGAAGCCGGAGUUCCCCUUCACAUCUGUCUGUCCCGGUUCUCCCGGUGGCUCCAGGCUCUGGAGCACCAGAGGGGUGUGGUCUUCCCCAGGGACCAGAGGGCUCCAGUCGCAGAGCAGCGCCCCUGUGCCUUCGUCACCUGGUCAGACUGGGACCUGGGGGUGUGUCUGCUGUAUGAGUGUAAACGGAAGCAGCUCCACAAACCUGCUGUUCUGAACAGCUGGAUAGACCUGAGAGCUACGUACAGGCUGUUCUACAACAGAAAACCCAAGGGACUGAAUGGAGCUUUACAGGAUCUAGGGAUACAAUUCUCUGGACGGGAGCACUCAGGUCUGGAUGACGCCCGCAACACUGCCCACCUGGCCUGGAGGAUGAUGAGGGAUGGCUGUGUGAUGAAGAUUACGCGCAGUCUGGAGAGGGCACCUUUGAAGACCAAACCCCUGUUUGGAAAUGGGAAUGGUUGUCCUAGCAACAAGGGGGAUAACAAAACCACUAUCAAAAACCCCUCCAAGACGACAGAGAGCGGCGGCCAUCUUGAAAAUCGACCCAACAGCAAGCCAGUUAGCAACACAGACGUUGUUGAAACACGAGCCAAGCCUUCAGACAACCCGGUUCCCAACACAGAGGUGAACUCCAACUUAACCGCUGAACCUGUUCAGUAUCAGAGUAUUGUUUCACCAAAGACCCUUCUAAAUGGUCUGACCACUCCAAUGUGUGGUAGUAGUGGCAGCAGCAGAACAGUUCGAAUAGGAACGAUACGGUCCGUCUCCUCUCCUAUGACUUUCAAUAUCCCCUCUCCUCAUCACUACAUCAACAGCCUCGUUCUGGUCUCCACCACUGUCAAUUGCAUUACCCAUCUACCCCAGCCAGACCCGACCCUUGACCCGGAAACAGGAAGUAUGGAGGAGGACGUGCCCAUCUUGGUGGAAACGGAGUCGUGCGGUUCGUAUGACGACGUGGUAUUGGAGGAGGACUGCGAUGUCACGGUUGGUGACGAGGAUUCUGUUGCUGAUGUGUACACCGAGAACGAGAGGUUUGAGGUGGAUGAUAGCUCGGUCUGCGGGAGGACCUUGCUGUGUCCAAGCCCAGUACAUUCAAAUCCUGGUAGAGGUCCAACCAACAGUAGGCCUAGUUCCAAUACCACCAACACGCCCUGCCAACAUCUCACCAGACUGGUACACAAGAGCGAUAGUAGAACGUCCUCCAGUAACUUGGUGUCUUUGAAGGCUGAGACAACAAGGACCUACAACACCUCUGCACCCACUAGUCUGUCCACUUCCUCUUUUGUCAAACCCAGACCUGUUACCCCUGGCUCAAACCUCUCAGAUACACGGUCAAGACUGACCACGGAAACGUCAUUCUCCUUUGUGAUCGACAAGGACGAAUCGAGGUCAUCCUCCAGUUCUGCAAAAGCUGAGACAACGAGGAUAUACAACACCUCUGGGUCCAAUAGUUCAUGCAGUUUCUCCUUUGCCAAACCCAGACCUGUUACCCACGAUUCCAACCGCUCAGCUACACGGUCAAGACCUCAAACGGCAACAUCGAGCAACUCCUUUGUGAUCUACAAGGACAAGCCAAGAGUCUCAAAUACCUCUUCUACAUCCAGUAUUUCUAUCUCAUCCAAUACCUCAACAGCAUCCAGUCAUUCCUUUGUCAAACCCAGACCAGGCCUCCAGAGCUACAACCUCCAUGCUACACGGUCAAGACCUCUCACAACAAAAAACCCUGGGAACUACUUCACAUCCAUGUCCUCUACUACAAACCUUCCUAAUCCUUCUUUCGUUAGACCCAAACCAGUUACCACCAGCAGUAACCUCUCUGCUUCACACACACAGACACCAAACAGCUCUGCAUCCAAUCUUUCCUUUGCCAGGCCCAGACCUGUCGUCCAUAACCUUAACCCAUCGACUUCACGUUCAAGGCUGCACGCAGAGACGCCAAAAGCAUCUUUCACGAUCCACAAGGACUCCUCUUGCCUCCCUUCUGUCUCUCGUACUUCUGUCGGUGGAUCGUUCUCCAUCCUCUCCUCGUCCGUUAACCGGUCCUCGUUCCCGCCGACCCGCAGCACCAAGAUCACGGCCCCGCUGUGCGACUGUGGGCGACGAGCCAAGCGUCUAACGGUGUGUAACGGCGGCCCGAACCAAGGCAGAGCGUUCUAUUGCUGUGCGGUGCGUAAACAUGGCCCUGGGGGGACCAGGAAGGGAUGUGAGUUAUUUAAGUGGGAGUCUGCUCUCCUCCAGGCUAAAUCACCAGCCUCCUCUGCCGCCUCCAUCGCUCUGUGUUUUGGUCUCAACUCCAGUGUCGUUCGUCCCCCUGUCAUCAUCUAGGACGAGAUAUCAGUUAGCUUGAGGUCAUAGGGAGACUCUCAAUAGCAAUUUCCUUCUCAUCCAAUGGGUUUGUGAGGUGGCGAGGAGAGGACACGAGGAAUCAAGGAAAUGUAAUUGAGAUUCUCCUCUAGAUUCUCCUCACAAAGGUGUCAUAUUUUAAACGGUACUUUAUGAAAAUAUGUAUGAUGUGUGUUGAGUGUAUGAUUUAUGUCCACAUACUAAAUCUGGUGCAUUCAUUGACCAAUAUCCUGUACAGUUUCUAAAUAGAAUUGAUCCUCAUAAUGUGAGAUGACAUGACGUCAUGAUGAAAUGUUAAAAUACUUUUUAGGUCGGCAUUGUCAUAAUAAAAUAUGUCAUGAAUUGUAUUAGAUGGGUUCUAUUGUUGUAAAUACAACAGUUGAGGUAAUCAUGGCAACAUCCACAUUAAUGUGAAAGUGUUUAUUUUUGUGACUCCAAAAUGACACACUACGUUAUGUACCAUUUAAUUUAUAUUCGUUAUAACAUCAUCUGAAACACAAUCAAAAAGGAAAUGCAAAUGGUAUAUGAUAUACAUCUAUAGAGUUGAUAUGAUCAUUGCGUGCUAGGAAUGUGGGACCAAAUACUAAACCUCUGACUACUGUAUAAGAAUCUUUAGGGGUGUCAAUUUGUUGUUGUAUUACUUGUUAAACAAAAUCUCUGAGUGAUUGUAUAAAAUAAUAGAAUUCCCCCCUUUUUUUGCACACAAUAUAGUUGUGUUUGAAUUAUUUUAUACAGUCAUUAUUGCUCAUCUUUAUUAAGGGUGUCAAUUUCACACCCCACUGUGUAUAUGAUGUUACUUUAUGGGGGACUGAGGUCCAGAAAGAAGUACUCAGUAGGGUCUAUAGAAUCUAUAUGGUGUUAUGUCGUGGUGGACUGAGGUCUAUAGGCCCAGAAAGGAAGUACUCAGUAGGGUCUAUAGAAUCUAUAUAUAUGGUGUUAUGUCGUGGUGGACUGAGGUCUAUAGGCCCAGAAAGGAUGUACUCAGUAGGGUCUGUAUAUAUGGUGUUAUGUCGUGGUGGACUGAGGUCUAUAGGCCCAGAAAGGAUGUACUCAGUAGGGUCUGUAUAUAUGGUGUUAUGUCGUGGUGGACUGAGGUCUAUAGGCCCAGAAAGGAAGUACUCAGUAGGGUCUGUAGAAUCAAUAUACGGGUGACUCAGUUGGUAGAGCGUGGUGCUUGCAACGCCAGGGUUGUGGGUUCGAUUCCCACAGGGGACCAGUAGCCUAUGGAUAUGUAUGAACUCACUACUGUAAGUCUCUCUGGAUGAGAGUGUCUCCUAAAUGACUCACUAAAUGUAAGUCUCUCUGGAUAAGUGUCUGCUAAAUGACUCACUACCCUAAGUCUCUGCUAAAUGACUCACUACCCUAAGUCUCUCUGGAUGAGUGUCUCCUAAAUGACUCACUACUCUAAGUCUCUGGAUAAUAGAGUCUGCUAAAUGACUCACUAAAUGUAAGUCUCUCUGGAUAAGAGAAUCUGCUAAAUGACUCACUAAAUGUAAGUCUCUCUGGAUAAGAGAAUCUGCUAAAUGACUCACUACCCUAAGUCUCUCUGGAUGAGAGUGUCUCCUAAAUGACUCACUACUCUAAGUCUCUGGAUAAGAGAGUCUGCUAAAUGACUCACUAAAUGUAAGUCUCUCUGGAUAAGAGAAUCUGCUAAAUGACUCACUACCCUAAGACUCUGGAUAAGAGUGUCUGCUAAAUGACUCACUAUUGUAAGUCUCUCUGGAUGAGACCAUCUGCUAAAUGACUAACAUGUAAAUACAGUGUAUUGCAUUGGAACCAAGUGGGUGGAGUAGAAAGUGCUGCUGGGUAUUUAGACCACAGUCCCACAAGAAAUGGCACCAUAUACAGAUUCUACAGACCCUAUACAGUAAUCUAUACAGACCAUAUACAAUAACCUAUACAGACCCCAUACAGUACCCUAUACAGUAAUCCCAACCCAGCUUUACUUCCACACACAGAAUAGUUUUUUUUUCUCUCUCUCUCUAAACCAAUUUCUAAAUUUAUAGGCCUACAAUGUAUUCCAGUGGGUUGGGUAGAAGGUGCUGCUGGGUAUUUAGACCACAGUCCCAUAAGAAAUAACACACUAUAGAUUCUACAGACCCUAUACAGUAAUCACAUUAUAUAGAUUCUACAGACCCUAUACAGUAAUCACAUCAUAGAUUCUACAGACCCUAUACAGUACAGUAAUCACAUUAUAUAGAUUCUACAGACCCUAUACAGUAAUCACAUCAUAGAUUCUACAGACCCUAUACAGUAAUCACAUUAUAUAGAUUCUACAGACCCUAUACAGUAAUCACAUUAUAUAUAGAUUCUACAGACCCUAUACAGUAAUCACAUUAUAUAGAUUCUACAGACCCUAUACAGUAAUCACAUCAUAGAUUCUACAGACCCUAUACAGUAAUCACAUUAUAUAGAUUCUACAGACCCUAUACAGUAAUCACAUUAUAUAGAUUCUAGAGUAUUCCCAACCCCACUUUUUCUCAGCACAUAGAAUAGUUUUUUCUCUACAUCCCAAAGUUGUGAAUAUACCAAACGGAACAUUGUUUUUCGAUAGUGGUCUGAAAUGGUUUUUGAAGCAUGUUAGUAAUUGUUUCCAUAAAGUACUCCUUGCAUUUGUUUAUAAAUCACAAUAAAAAUGGACAUUGAUUCAAA